UGUUGUGUAUUAGUGUUUUGUGUUUAAGUUUUCCUUCACAUUUAAUAUUAAUUAUGGAUCGUUUGCUCAAAUGUCAGGAGGAUCUUAAAUCCAGAAUAGUUAGAAACAAAACAAAUUUCGGCAAACAGUCAAAAGAUAGGAUAACAUUGUCAAAUGUCGAAACGCGUUUAGAUAAUUUGGAGGAAUGUUGGACAUCGUUUAAAGAGGGUCAUCAGAGGAUUAUUUUUGAAUCGGAAGGCACAGAGUUCGAAUCAUCUGAUUAUUAUAAAUCAGAUCGCUUCGAAGAAGUUGAGGAGAUUUACAUCGAAUUCAAAUCGAAAUUAAAAGGAGCUUUGGCAAAUUUGCGGGCGACUACGCUAACAACGCAAUCUUCGAAAAGCGAAGCCAAAGUUUCCUAUGUACGCCUACCGAAGAUCGACAUCCCAACUUUUUCGGGCAAGUAUGUAGAGUGGACUAGUUUUAGAGAUCUGUUUGUGUCUCUCAUUCACAAUAACCCAAGUUUAGACGAUGUGCAACGACUUCAUUAUCUAAAGAGCCAUUUGCAAGGUGAAGCCGAGCAAUUGUUGCGACAUAUUCCUAUCACGGCCGAUAAUUACACUACCUGUUGGGCCCAGUUGGAAAGUAGAUAUAACAAUAAAAAGUUUUUGGCCAAUUGUAUUUUAAAAAGAUUCAUGAACCAAAGGAACAUCACUGUUGAGUCUUCAAGUGCCAUUAAGGAAUUACUUGACAUAACGAACGAAUGUUUACAUGCACUUGAGAACUUAGGGGUUGACGUUACCUCCUGGGACAUACUAGUUAUUUAUAUUGUCAGCCAAAAACUCGAUCCAGAGUCACGCAAAUUAUGGGAAAAUUUAAUUAACGAUUGUUCAAAUAAAUUGCCAGAACUAAGUCAAUUUAGAACAUUUUUAGAGAAUAGGUUUCGGGCACUAGAGUGCCUAGGUUCAAAUGUUGUUGAUAAGCCAGGUAACACAAAGCCAAAAAAGGCCACAGCAUUGCAUGUGACCGCACCUCACAAUGCCAGUUGUAUAUUUUGUAUUGACAAGGGACACAAAUUAUUUAAUUGUAAGAGAUUUGCUCAAGAAGACGUAGACAAUCGGCGUAGUUUUGCCCAAACCAGUGGACUGUGCUUUAAUUGCUUGAACACAGGCCAUUCUGUGUACACCUGCCGGCAAUCCACAAAAUGUCAUCUUUGUCGCAGAAGACAUCACACCCUUCUUCAUCCUAAAAGUAUCCCGAGAUUUGAUAAUAGUAGUCCAGGUCAGCCUAUUGGUAGCGAUGUUGUUGCAUCAGAAGCAGCGUCAUCUUCAGCGGGUGAGUCCACACGUGCUAUGACGUGUUUCGCCAAGGCUAGUACCCACGUACUCUUGGCCACGGCCUUGAUAAAUGUCGAGUCGAGAACUGGAUCUUUGAUUUGUUUAAGAUCCCUGUUAGACCAGGGGUCUCAGGCUUCGUUCAUUUCGGAGUCCGCGGUCCAGUUAUUGGGAUUAAAGAGACAUCCCAUCAAAACUGUUGUCUCAGGUCUAGGCGGUGACCCACAAGCAUCUUUGUCCUGUAGGUUCAUGGUCUCCAUGAAAAUUCAGUCCCGCCACGACCCCAGUUUUGUCAUAUAUAUCAAGGCGCAUGUUAUGAACAAGGUAACGUCUCUCUUGCCUGAUAGGAAGAUAGUCGUCCCGAUGUUGCCUUCACUAUCCUGUGAAGUUUUAGCUGACCCUUCGUUUGGCACACCCAAUAAAAUAGAUAUUCUGUUAGGUGCCGAGGUUUACAGCCAAAUUCUGUUGCAAGGGUUGAUUAGGGGUCCACCGGGCUACCCUCUUGCUCAGAACACUAAAUUUGGCUGGAUUCUUUCUGGUGAAGUUAAAGAAGCAGGCGCCCAGUUGGAAACGUGUCAUAACGUUGUUGUUAGUUUGCACUCAGCUCAUUCAGACGAGAGUGAGCUCUUACGGAAGUUCUGGGAGUUGGAGUCCGACCAAUACGAUAUAGAGAAAACGUAUUUAACGGAAGAAGAGCAGUUGUGUGAAAAGUUGUUCGCGGUAACGACUCGUAGAGACGAAUCUGGUCGUUACGUGGUUAAUUUACCCUUUCGCACACCGGAUCCGAAAUGCAAAUAUGGUCACUCGAAACAAAUUGCCCAGAAAAGGUUUCUUAUUUUAGAAAAGCGGUUUUUACGAGACCCUGACAUGAAGAAAGGGUAUGUCAAGGUCAUCAAUGAAUACUUGGACCUCGGCCAUAUGGAGAAGGUCGAGGAUAAAGAAAAGACUGAUGCGGUGUAUUUACCACAUCACGCAGUAGUGCGAAAUGACAAUAAGGGAGCUGAUUUUCCUCUUGCGUCGAACCGUGUGUUGAAGGACUUCUACGUCGACGAUUUGAUGACAGGAUGUCAGAAUGUCGAAGAAGGUAUUAAGAUCUACCACGAAAUGAAGAACUUGCUUGGUCGUGGAGGAUUCGAGCUUCAGCGAUGGUCUACCAAUAAUUCCGAAUUAUUGGAUCAUAUACAGAAAGACCAUAGACAAGCAACCCGAGAACACCUGGAACUUAAAACAGACACGGUUAGUAAAAUUCUAGGACUUACCUGGAAUAGAAGCUCCGACGAAUUCGAGUACACCGUGAAUCUUCCUCCUUUGGAAACUCCUGUAACGAAGCGCAGAGUUAUUUCGGACAUCGCAAAAAUGUUUGACCCUCUCGGAUGGACAGCUCCAGCCAUAAUAACAGCAAAGGUUUUCAUACAAAGAUUAUGGCUGUCAGGUAUCGAUUGGGAUCAGGAACUCCCUUCAUCACUGAUGAAGGAUUGGCUUAAUUAUAGAGAAGAGCUGAAACAACUUAUCCAGAUGUGGAAGCAAGGCCCGGAGUUCCUGAAACAGAAAAACAUUGAUUAUAAAAGAGAGGUUGCGGAUACUACAAUUAAAGAAAGAAAGUUGAAAUGUCACACUACUACAAGCAUCAUAGCAGAGAGUAGUAUACUUACCAAGUAUUCAUCGUCAACGCGACUUACCAGAGUUGUCGCUUACUGUAGAAGGUUUUUCUCUCUAAAAUCAUCGGGUACACUAAAAGCAGAGGAGCUGGGACAAUUGAAUACCUGCAUAAAAUUGUGUCAACGGUAUCAUUUCCAGGAAGAGAUAGAUAAUCUGAAGAAGCAUGGCAAAAGGAACAAAAAAAGUAGACUUACCUUCGUUGGUAGCGCGAAGAGACUGAAGGCAAUGUUCAACACAGAGAGGUCUACCAUAGCAGCUGAAAUUGCCGAGUGGUGUGCUACAAACAGUAUAGAGUGGCACUUCAUUCCUCCGCAUUCUCCGAAUUUUGGAGGACUGUGGGAGGCAGGAGUGAAGUCCACUAAGCACCAUCUCCGUAGAAUAGUAGGCAAUAUCACACUGACGUUCGAGGAGAUGACAACUUUGUUGUCUCAAAUUGAAGCCUACUUAAAUUCGAGGCCAAUCUCUCAGUUGCCGACAUACCCGGAUGAUCCAUAUCCACUGACUCCUGGUCAUUUUUUGGUGAGGGAACCACUUGUCGUUGUUCCUGAUAGAAAUUACGGAGACACAAAUAUUUCCUCAUUGAAGAGGUGGCAUCUUACGCAGCGCAUGCUUCAAGUUUUUUGGCGCACAUGGUCACAGGAGUAUCUUACUCAGUUACAGCAUCGCUACAAAUGGACGGAUCAGGUCGCGGGACUAAAGAUAGGCGAUGUCGUACUUAUUCGCAAAGAUGACCUUCCACCGGCCAAGUGGCUUUUUGGCAUAAUAACUGAGAAGCAUACUGGUUUGGACGGCCUUACGCGGGUUGUCAGCGUAAGAUGCAAGGGCAGUGUCAUAAAAAGACCAUUGUCAAAAUUAGUUGUGUUACCUGUUGCUUAA